UGGUCCUCUAAACAGUGCCAACCAUUCCAACUUUAACCAUAUUCCCAAGUCAAUUUGUUGGCGUAAAAUUCCAAUUUUUUUGGUGAUGGUUGUUCAGAUGUUCUCCCCAAUUCCAAUCCCUAUGCUCCGAUAGAGAUUUGCAGCUUCUUUGAUAAUGGAUGGCAUGGAAAAAUACAAGGAGUAAUUUACUUUAAAACUGUUGUCUAUAUAUUGCAAAGAACAUGCAUAUAGUUGGCCAAAAAUUACAAAUGGCUAGCAUAGAGGAUUGGGGAAGAAGCCAAACUCUACACAGGCUUGCCAAGCAGCUUGAGUUUUACAAACCUCCCUCCGCACCAGAUAAAUCAGAGGAUGAUAACGAAAGCGAUACAUCUGUGAACUCUGGUAUAAGCUUCAACUCCUUAGCAGUCGGCAAUGAAGAGUGUUCUUGUGUCAAGUUGAGAUUGAGAGAGAGAAGAGCAGCUGUCCUGAUAUGCAUCUUUGAGGGAGCUGAGGGUGAGCUAAGAGUUAUUCUUACUAGGAGAUCCAUGAAUUUGGCAUCACACCCAGGAGAUGUAGCAUUGCCCGGCGGAAAAAUGGAGAAGGAAGAUGCAGAUGAAUCUGCAACAGCACUAAGGGAAGCCAUGGAAGAGAUUGGACUCGAUCCAAGCCUAGUUCAAGUUGUUGCAAAGCUAGAGUGCUUUAUGUCCCAGCAUUUGGUCACCGUUGUCCCAGUGAUAGGACUGGUAGCUAGAAUUGAAGAUUUCAAGCCUGUACUCAACGCCGACGAAGUUGAUGCCAUUUUUGAUGUUCCAUUGGAGAUGUUUCUCAAGAAUGAUAAUCACAGAUUUGAGGACAGAGAAUGGAUGGGUUGCAAGUACAUUCUCCAUCUUUUCGAUUUUGAAUCAGAGCAAGGGCCGUUUCUAAUUUGGGGACUAACUGCAAGCAUUUUAAUUCGGGUGGCCGCUGUCAUCUACCAGCAGCCUCCAUUAUUCCAAGGACACAGCCUCCCUGACUUCCAAGAAUUACAAAAAGCCUUGCAUAGUGUGCAUAAUGUUGAUGUAACAUGAGAUUAUAUACUACUACAUAUGUUGUAGAAUUAAAAUAAAGAAAUGAAUCCCUAUUGAUUCAUCGUAUUCCAGGGUCUUAGACGAUGAUUGA